UCACGUUGCAGAAAUGUGUCUUGCGCUUCGGAAUGGGUGACUGUUUAGCUACGUGUCUAGGAUAAAAUUAAAUAAAUAUACCUUACGUACGGCUUUGUAAUCGGUUCGAUAGAUUUGUAAUAUUUGGAUAUUGGAACUGAGGCAUUCCUGGAGUCACAAAGUGAUCAAGACCCUCAACCCAUCACUCAGCUCUGAUUCAAUGAGAUUUACCAUCCCCACAUGGAACUCAUUCCCCUUGUUGAACAUAUGAAGAUUCAUUCUGAUUACUGCAAAAGGUAAAGUUACUAAUAAUGUGUGACCAAAGUGCGGAGAUGGCUGGUGGUGACAGCGGCCUAGAUGGGGAGGAGGCUGCAUUACCUGCAGCCACAGCAGACGGUGGAGGGUUGGUGAGGCCGCAAGACGAAGGGGAGCAGUCGGAGCGUCUCAGGGGAGAGGAGGGCACCGCCUCAGGUGGAGAAGUGGGACAGGAAGAUGAGGAGAUGACUAGUGGAUCACAUGAGCUCUCCUCCUCGGCCAAUCACAGCCCUGGUAGUGCUACAGGAUCCACCUCAGCUUCCACCAAGAGCAGUGAACAAGCAAAUGGUGGCAAAGGACAGACACACAGAGAAGUGAUGAUCACUGUGGCUGAGAUGAAGAAGAGACUUCCAUCAGACAAGCGCAGUCGUAGCAAAGCCAGUACAGUUGAGGCCUUACAUUAUGCACUCAACUGUGUGAAACAAGUGCAAGCCAACAGUGAAUACUACAAACUGUUGAUGAGGAAUGGACAAGAUGAGAGAAGAGAUGCUACUGUUUGCACUCUGGAGGAGUUGGAGAGAGUGACCUCUGAACACACCCUUAAAAAUACGGACUCCUUCGUGGUGGUCUUCUCUCUUUCGAGUUGCCGUGUGCUGUACGCAUCAGAGCAGGCUCCCAGCAUCCUUUGCUGCAAGAGGAAGUUCCUAGAGUCGGCCAAGUUCGUGGAGCUGCUUUACCACCAGGAUGUCAACGUCUUCUACUCGCACACGGCACAGCCACACCUCCCACCAUGGAGCAACUCUCACUCAGUGGGGGUUCUGUUUGACUGUGCCCAGGUCAAGUCUUUUUUCUGCAGAAUCAGGGGAGGUAAAGACCGUGAAGGUGAGAUGCGCUACAACCCGUUUCGAAUCACACCCUACCUGCUGAAGGUCCAGGGGACUGGAAGUGGCGGGGAGGAGGAGGAGCCAUGCUGCCUGGCGCUGGCUGAACGCAUAAUCUCUGGAUAUGAGGCACCGCGGAUUCCCAUGGACAAGCGCAUCUUCACCACCACACACUCUCCCGGCUGUGUGUUUCUGGAAGUGGACGACAGGGCUGUGCCGUUGUUAGGAUACCUUCCUCAGGACCUGAUCGGCACUUCAUUGCUGACUUGCAUUCACCCUGACGACCGACCACUGAUGUUGUCUAUGCAUCGGAAAGUGUUGAAGUAUGCAGGCCAGCCUCCUUUUGAACACUCGCCAGUGCGUCUGCGUUGUCAGAAUGGAGACUACAUCACCUUGGAUACCAGCUGGUCGAGCUUCAUCAAUCCUUGGAGCCGGAAGGUGGCCUUCAUCAUUGGACGACAUAAAGUCAGAACGAGUCCACUUAAUGAAGAUGUAUUUGCGGCCCAGACAAAGGAUGAUUUUCCUGUUACCCAUGAGGAAAUUAAAGAUUUGCAAGCUAAGAUUUACAAGCUUUUCUUGCAGCCGGUCCACAACAAUGGCUCUAGUGGUUACGGCAGUCUGGGGAGUAAUGGCUCUCAUGAGCAUUACAUUAGUGUAGCUUCUUCAAGUGACAGCAAUGGAAACCUAUGGGAGGAUUCACACCGAGGACCGAUGACCCUGCAGCAGAUCUGUGCUGAUGUGAACCGAGUGAAGACUUGGGGCCAGCAGGCAUAUCUGGAUUCCACUCACAAAAUUGCUGUUCUUGGCAAACCUGCCACAGCGCAUCGGCUCCCUGCAGCAUCAAACCCUGAGGUUAGAGAUCAUGAAGAAGGCAGGAAACAGACACACAUUCCCUCCUAUCAGCAGAUCAAUUGUGUGGAUAACAUCAUCAGGUAUUUGGAGAGCUGCACAGGUCCAGUUCUUAAACGCAAGAGUGAAUCCCAUUCUUUGGCCACAUCUUCAUCCUCCUCCUCUACCUCAGAAGAUGAUAAGCCCCCUGGGGCCACUGAUACAGCUCAGACCAGUUCAGAUGUAGUGGUCUUAGACAGUGAGGUGUCAGUGGGUCCUACAGCUGCAGCUGUAGUUGGAGCACCGCUGACAGACCUCACCAUGUCCACCAAGGCCAUGAGUGUCGUCUCUGUCACCAGUCAAUGUUCAUACAGCAGCACUAUUGUCCAUGUGCCACAGCCUGAGUCAGAGGCCACAGCGCUGGAGGAUGCACCCAUGGGUAGUGAGCCUACUGAUGCUACUGCAACACCAGCCCGUCCAGCUCCAAGCCCCGCCACAGAAGAACGAAGGUUUGUGGGCCUCACCAAGGAGGUGCUGUCAGCUCACACCCAGAAGGAGGAGCAAGAAUAUGUGGAUCGAUUCCGCCAUCGCAUCCUCCAGAGCCCUUACAGUUCAUAUCUACAACUGGACAACAGUUCUAUGGCGCAUUCUCACCACCCAGGCGACUACCUUCGUCCAUUGAGUGGCGGUGGGUGGAACCGCUCUCGGAAAGGAAAGGCUAGACACAAGCGUCCAAAACCCCAGGGUUCCUCAGACAGCUAUGCCUCUCCACCAGGUCCCCCUCGUCGAGUCCCUGACUCCUCCUGGCCAUCUUCUGAGUCGUCCCAACCCCAGAUGGGGGCGCCCUUUAGCCAAGCAUCCCCACUACAGGCUCCAUUCUUCCACAUGAUGGCAACCCAGCCUGGUCCAGAGGAACCACCAAGACCACAACCAAUGCCUGGAGUGACUCCUAUGGUGCUCCAGCCUUCUGACCAGUCACAGAUUCAUUACAACUUUAAUGUCAUGCAAUCAGCUCAAACCAUCCCAAGCAUUCAACCAAUUCAGAUGGAGACAGUUCAGAAUCUACACAGUGUUCAAAACUUUACCAAUUUGCAGCCCAUGGCUCCAUCCCAGACCAUCAACCCUUAUAUGACUCCAGUCAUGGCUGUCAUUCUGCCCAACUACCCAACUUUCACUGCAGGUUACCCGUCCAUUUACCCACUAUCAACUCCUGUGUUGCCUCAGGCACCUGUCAACAUGACAGGUUUUAUGCCUGGCAGUACCCCUUACCCUCAGCCUCAAUUCCAAAUGCAGUCUAAUCCCCACACUCAGACUUCCCCCGGCCCCCUGCUUUGCUCACCCAGAGCCAGCUCCUCUGUCGGAGAGGAGGAGGAGGCAGCAGGUCCUCGAGCUUUAUUCUCCAGCUCUCGCUCAAGCUCUCCUCUGCAGCUCAAUUUGCUGCAGGAAGAGUUGCCCAAGCUGAGCGAGGGGCAGGGCAGUACAGGGCACAACCAUGCUGAGAGCCUCCACGAACAACAUGCCAAUGAGGGUGAUGCCCCAAGUGACUCUGGGAACCAUGAUGCUCAGUCGACAUCAAGCGAACUGCUUGACCUGCUGCUGCAGGAGGAUGCCAGGUCUGGAACUGGCUCCAACGCCUCAGGUUCUGGGUCAGGGGAGUCUGGAGGUUCUCUGGGAUCUGGAUCUGGAAGUGGCUCAAAUGGAACAUCCACAUCACAUACUGGCAGCAGCAACAGCAGCAAAUACUUUGCCAGCAAUGACUCAUCAGACACUUCACGCAAAGCCCGAAAGAGCCAAGAACCACCGGCAGAGCACAGCUUUGAGACUCAAGUUGAGAACUCGCUAUGGAGCAUGAUCCAGCACACGCCCGAACGCGUCAUGAUGACAUACCAGAUCCGCACCAGGGAUCAGAAUGAGGUGCUGGCAGAAGACCGAGAGAAACUCCGGGUACUUCAACCUCUCCAGCCCUGGUUUACCCAGGAGCAGAGAGAGGAGCUAGCUGAGGUGCAUCCCUGGAUCCAACAGCACACUAUCCCACAGGAGAUAGACACACAGGGUUGUGUGAGUUGCAGCGCAGGUGCAGGAGUGGCUCACUCCCCUCACCCCCAACUCCCAGACAGCUCGUCCCCUUUGGAGAGCCCUCAGCCGGACUCCAUUGGACCGGCGGUGGACACUUGAAAGACCUACAACCCAAAACAAAAGCCACCCAGCUCACAGUGAACCAGCCCUGCCAGAAAACUUGACAACUCCCAACCAUGCGUUCCUUCUGAUCACUCUAGAGGAGUGGGUCCCUGUGCUUUAGUUAGAUGUGUAACAUGUUUUGUAAAGGUAUCACCAGGUUGGACCAGGUUUUAAGAAAACACAAGGAGGACACAAGAGAGGCGGGUAUUUUCAGUGGCACUUUCUCUCAGUCAGCCUAAUGUGACUGCCUUUAUGGGACCAUAAAUAUUAUACCUCUCUUCUUUUUGUCUGUAGUGCCCUUGGGGCUACAUUGUAUUUAAGACUGACCAGAUCCUUUGGCACAAUGAGCCAUUUGAUUCUUAAAGUAAGAAGAGGGUCCCAUGGUUGCUGUCCAUAUGCAUGAGCACUGUGUACACACACCCAGUCUGUAGGAUGAUCAUGACUGGAUGACAAGACAGAGACAGUGCUGGCCCAGUGUGAGUAUCUGAACACACGCCACGCUCUUUCUCAGUGAUACGGAGUGAAGGUUGUACAGUGUGUGUGUCACAACAACUCCUCCAACAAUGUAGUAACUUGCCAUGGUUGACUCAUGGUAGCUUUCUUUGAUGGACACUAAGAACAUGUGCUGCUCUUUGUUUUUAAUGUUCAGCUUCAAAUAUUCAGUUAAUUUUGAUUGGAGUGAAUUGUCUUAUUCCACGUGUUUGUUUCCUCCGGCCCAUAACAUCCAUUUCCAUGCUGUCAGUUUCAAAGUGAAAUUAGAUCCACCCCUUUACCUCAAACAUCCCAUAGUGAGUGCUUUCUCCAUCCAGUAUCCUGCCUGGUCAUCAACCCCACAGUACUUAUAGUUUAUUUGUAAUUGUAAACAGAUGCAGUGAGGCCCCAAAUGUUCUCUGGUCCUGAGUGAACGACUUGCUGUCUGUCUGAUUCUGUGUGUUUCUGUGUUUUCUGUGUUCUGUACCUGUGUGAAAGAGAGGCAUUGACAAACACACUGUAGUUCUGUCAAACUUGUCAUUCUUUUUCUUGUACAGGUGAAGUCGAGUGUGUGGAUGUGUGUGUGUGUCUGAUUGAGAGCUGCUUCCUUCGAUACAGUUGUCCGACAGUCCAAGACAGAACAGGGUUUUCUACUGUUUUUAGUAUGAGAGUAUAUUACAGUACCAUUUAUUUUAUAGAAAAUGUACACAAAACCAACUUCACAAAUGUAAAAAAAAAGCCAUUUGUUUUGAAUUCAGGGAGUGUUCUGUGACACAAAGGAAUGAAUAAAAAACAUUAUGUAACAUGUCCUUAGGACUAAUGGCCUAAUUAUCUUAAAACUGAUAAAAAACAAAGUUAUACAUUCUA